UGAUAGCAGAUAACAUUGUAUCAUAAUGCUCCUCGUGCAUUCGUUUUAGCCACAAAAGCUAGUAGUAUUUUAUCCGUACAUGAGAAUGCCUAACUUGUUUUUGUUUAUCGGUGUUGUAUUGUUUGUAUUGUCAGGUCAGAGGUCAGAAGCCUUGGAUUGUUGUCCAGGUUACAGAGAUGUUACUGGAAAAGACCAUUAUCCAGAACUAUGCAUGACAUACUGUUGCGUGAGAGUAGGUUUUAAAGUUACAGAAUGCUGCGACGAUUACAAAUGGCGGAUACCUAUUUCUGACAAAGAAACUCAAAAUUGUUACAAAGAAUGGACCAAACUGCGUAUCGUGCAGGCAGCUACAACUGUUGAUUGGCUAAUUCAGCACAAAUGGGUGAUGCCUGUUUGUGGCUUUGUUGCAAUCCUGAUAUAUUUGGUUGAUGUUUUGAUUGAGUUGACAAUAAUGUUGCUAAGGUACUUGUAUAAGAAGAUUUUCUAAAUGAAACGUUUUGGGAAGGAUAUACAAAACAAAACAACCUUUACAUUUUAAUAAAAUGAAUAAAUC